AUGGCGCUACUAGAACAAGUUCUCGAUUACCGGAAUCCGCAAGGAGCUCUCCUCCUCGGGGCAGUCAUAUUCGGUGUCCUCCUGUACAAAUUUGCUCUAAGCCGUCGACGCGCGAACCUUCCCGUCUAUGGCACACAUACUGGGUGGCAGGGAAGUUGGAAAGACUCCAUGGACUAUGUCAGAGAUAGUCCCGGUGUCUUGAAAGCUGGAUAUGAGAAGUUCUCGAAACACGGGCUGUUCUACCAGCUUCGCACGCCAGUCCGCUGGGUAAUUGUAGUUCCACCAAAGUUUGUGGACGAAAUUCGAACAGCACCGCCAACGCAUUUGAGUGCCCGAGAAGCUGCCAAUGAUGUACAACAAGCACGCAAUACCGUUUCGCCAAUUGUGGAGGAAAACAAAUUUCAUUUCCAUAUCAUCAAGACUCAUUUGACACCGAGCUUGGAAUUGAAGAUCAGCGAUUUGUUGGAUGAGAUUAGCUUGGUAUUUGCGGAAGAAAUAGGACGUCCAGCGGGCAAGUCCUUCCUCGUUCAACUUGCGUUCCACCUAGCUGAUUGGCUAAUCUUGUAUCUCACAGACUGGAAGCAGAUCGUUAUGGCCCCGGCUGCCCAUCGUAUUGCGACCCGAGUGGCUAACCGACUCCUCGUCGGUGCUCCCCUUUGUCGUAAUGAAGAGUAUCUCCAGACAUCCAUCAAGUACACAGUCGAUGUGUUUGGCGGCGCCGACAGGCUACGUGCAUGGCCAGAUUUCCUUAAACCAAUGGUGACAUAUUUUAUCACCAAUGUCAAGGAGCGACAAAGGGUUGCACGCAAGCACCUUUUACCGUACAUCAAGAACCGCCUAACGCAGCUGGAAUAUCCGAAGAGUCAAGGAUCUGACCAGAAGCCAAUAGACUCGCUUCAGUGGGUUAUCGAUGCUGCACCAAGCGCUGAGGAGCGAGAUCCCGAACGGCUGAUGUAUCGUCUGCUUCAUUUGAAUGUCGCAGCCGUACAUACUACCAGCGUGACGUUUCUCAACUGCAUUUUUGAUCUUGCGUUGCACGUCGAUGUUCAUUCUGAACUGCGUACUGAAAUCGGAGGCGCUAUCGACAAUGACGGAUGGACUGCUCGAGGUUUAAGCCACAUGCGAAAACUAGACAGUUUUAUGUUGGAGAGUCAGAGACUCGCGCCAAUUGCAAGUUCGCAAAUGACUCGAGCUGUUCUCAAGGACUUCACCUUUUCAGAUGGCACUAAAGUCCCAAAAGGCUCGUAUGUUCUUGUUCCAAUGCACGCUAUGUACCAAGAUGAUUCUAUCUUCCCAGAGUCCUCAAAAUUCGACGCGUUCCGCUGGUCUCGCCUCAGGGAAACCCCAGGAAAUGAGAAUCGAUACCAAUUCGUGACCACCUCACCAACGCACAUUAACUUUGGGCACGGCAAGGAUGCUUGUCCGGGACGAUUUUUUGCUUCACAGGAAAUAAAAUUGCUGCUCGCACACACUUUAUUACACUACGACAUCUGUCUAGAGGAUUCGAGCCAACCUCCCCAACCGAGUUGGUACGAUAGGUCCCGUCGGCCGAACCAGACUGCACGAGUCCUGUUUCGCGCACGGGAAGGGGUGAAAUCCUGA